AUGCCUUUGGCUGGGGAACAACGGGGUGCGGGGAAGCGCGGCAAGCGGGGGGAGAAGUUUGAGCGCGUCGGGUGGUCCGCUGCGAUGGCGCAGUCCUCGCCCCUUCCGCACUCUCUUCCCGCCGAUGCCUCCGCGAACUCCGCGCUCGCAGGUUUCCGGUGGGCGGACAGGGAGGUGGUGGAAGGGGUGAUGGCGGCGGUGGGGGGGGAACGAGCAGCCGCGGAAGCAAUACUGGCGGAUAUGGGGGGAGAGGGGGCGAUGGGGGGAAUGGGUGAAAGCGUAGCGGGAGAGGGUGUGGUGGACGAAGCGGAUAUGAGGCUUGGAGAGAUGGAGGAGGAGGAAGGCGGGAAGCAGAGGGAGGCUGAUGGCCAUGAUGUCGUGGAUGGUGACUGUGAUGACGUGGAUGUGUUCCGGACGUUCAGAGUAGAGGCUUUAGCAGCAUCAAGAGCACACGCACGGCUCGCAGGACAAGCUGCCCGGGCAUACGACAGGGGCGACCACGCAGCUGCCCGGAAACUUUCCCACACGUCAAGAGAGGAGAAGGAGCGGGCAGAGAGGCUCCACACGGAAGCUGCCGGGAAGAUUCUGGCGCACAGGAACUGGGGGCGGUCCUUAUGGGAGCUGGAUCUGCAUGGGCUUCUACCGGGGGAGGCUGUAUCUGCGCUGGAGGGGAGGUUGAAGCAGCUGGAGGGGCAAGGGGGUGUGAGUGUGCAGGAGAACGCUGCAGCAAGGGAGGCGUCUGUAGAAGAGCAGGCAGGGAGGAGCAGCAUUGGUGCAGCAAGGGAGGUGACUGCAGAAGAGCGAGUGUGGGGGAGCAGUGGUGUGGUUCUCCCGGCGAAGGUGUUGUCCUCAGCUCGGCCUGAGCUGAUGGUCAUUACUGGUGAGUGCCCACAAUAG